CAAAUGAAUGARAAGAAAGAAUUGGGAGAGAGAGAGAAAGAGAGAGCGAGACCCCAUGACACGCAGUCCCCGGAGACCCAUGGAGUGAGACAGCGGGUAAUCCCAGGGUAAAGGACCAKUCCAGCCCUGCGCGGCUGAUAUUAACAGCUGUAGGCUAUAUUCUCCAUGCCGGUGGGGUCGAAUGAGUGGGUGGAUGUCUGMACAAAACACAGGAAUUGAUCUCUUGAAUGGGUGGCUGAGCUGCGUUUGGGACUCCGGAGAAGCGAGGUCACGUUGAGAAUAGCAUCCAACUCAAUGGAUUUCAUACUCGCAGAAUGAACCGCCAAAGGGAAAGAUGGGACACGGGCACGCCGGCGACUUUAUUGGGGCUUUGUGGAAUCGACACAGCGGCACUAUGGAGACUUUAUUCUAUCUGAGCGGCUCAGAAAGCCUUCGUGUCUUCACAGAGAUGAAGUUAUGUGAGCUGAGUUUGCAGUAGAAUGGCCCUCCUCGGAUGGGACUCUGAGGGAAGGCGAUGGCAACUUUUCACCACAGCAACCCAACGGAUAGAGACAUCAGGAGAGUCCUCCAAAAACUUAUAAUCAUUCUAUCUUUGGGAAUCAUCUGUGUCUCUCUCUUCUACUUCUUCACGGGAUGCUGCGAGUCGGACCUYACGGAAAACUCAGCCUCGGACAGACCCGCCAGCGAUGACAGAAACCGGACGUUUUAUAAGGACGUUGUAACGGUACAGGAUGAAGAUGGAUACCCAGGMACCGGGGAGGGGAGCACACUGACGCCCGGUUUGGAGACUGAUAACACGGGUAAAGAUUGGAAGGCGACCCGGCGGUUACCCCAAGCCCUUAUUAUAGGAGUGAAGAAGGGUGGCACGAGGGCUUUGCUGGAGUUUCUCAGGCUGCACCCGGACAUCCGCGCGCUGGGCUCUGAGCCGCACUUCUUUGACCGGCAUUACGCACGAGGCUUGCACUGGUACAGGAGUAUGAUGCCCAAGGCCUUGGACGGCCAGGUUGUCAUGGAGAAGACACCGCGUUACUUUGUUACCGUGGAGACCCCGGGGCGUGUACACUCCAUGUCGCGUGACGUGAAGCUGAUUGUGGUGGUCCGAGACCCUGUGACCCGGGCCAUCUCUGACUACACCCAGAUCAUCUCCAAGACCCCACACAUCCCUGCCUUCGAGACCCUCGCCUUCAAGAACCGCACCAAUGGUGAGAUUGACUCUCUAUGGAGCCCUUUGUGGAUCGGACUGUACGCCCAACACCUGGAGCGCUGGCUGGCCUGGUUCCCCCGGGCCCAGAUCCACCUGGUCAGUGGGGAGGGCCUCAUCUCCGACCCGGCAGGAGAACUAGGAAAGGUCCAGGACUUCCUGGGCCUCCAGAGGAUUGUGACGGACAAGCACUUCUACUUCAAUAAGACUAAAGGUUUCCCCUGCCUGAAGAAACCGGAGGGCAGCAGCAAGCCCCACUGCCUGGGGAAGACUAAAGGCCGAACACACGCCCCCAUCGACCCUGAAAUGAUCCGGAGACUGAGGGAGUUCUACAGGCCGCACAACCAGAGGUUCUACCAGAUGGCUGGCCAGGACUUUGGAUGGCAAUGAGGACUCAGUAGAGUUAACAAGGUGAAACAUGAAUCCAUAGCAACAAAGACACCGAGGGGUGUUUGUCCGUCAGCUUCAGUUUGCACUCUGUACCUGUUACUGUGACUUGGGGCAAAGAGUAAUGACAUAGCCUCAUACUGUUGAUACAGAAGCGGCUCUGUGCUAGGAACUAAAUCCAAUGUUGAUAGACCUCUGGGUAGCGAGGGAAACAGAUAUCAGAGAUUCCAUAUUGGUGACAGUGCAGAAAGACCGUCUCUAUGCUAGUUCCCUUUCAGCAUCUAAUAGAUGUUCAACAAAAAGAAAGUGACACUUAAAGCUGGAAUCUUUAGUUGCUCCAUCCAUUUUUGGAGUUAUUAAUUAAUGAUAGAGUACCCAUUGAGUCUUGAAGAAUAAAACAUAUAAAUGCCCCAUGAGCUUAGUUCAACUGUCAUAUCCAAUCAGAAGCCAAAAUACAAGCUUGUUUUACUCCAAUGUUUGUAAACUAUGUAAAUGUAAACAAACACUGCAUAGCCUCAAAACAUGGUUAAAACUAUAAUUUGCCUACAAAGGCAAAACGCAGUAAGUACAUAUUUGGUCCAAAUUGAGUUAAGACUGAAAUCAGGCUUUGUAGUAUCUGUUUGAUACUGUGUCCUGGUUCAAUUAUGUUCCAUUUUUAGAGAAAAUGGGAGUGAGAAAUUUGCAGUAACUGCAAAAUCCAAGUAAACACCCAGGAAAACAGAAUUUACUGCACUUUGGCUUUGUUCCACUAUAUUUUGACUGCAGUUACCUGCUCUGCCAUACAAAGGCAAAGAGCAUUAACUAUGCAAACAGUGAAACUGAGAAAAAUGGCUUUAAAGUUUAUUUGCUGUCCAGCCAAAUAUGUUGUAGGUAGACAAGUGAUAAUGCAUUAUCUUAUUAUGAAGUCAUUUUUUAUGCAUUACAACCAUGACCACUGAUUUGUGACCCCUAAGUCAAAUAAAUGACGAUACAAAGUCAAACAGAAAAACAACGAGUUGGAUAAACACAUUCAGAUUGUAUAUACUGCACAAAGUCAAAAAUGUUUUGGAAGUAUCACCAUUCUGCAAGUGGAAAUAGUCCUUACCUUAAGGGUUAUCACAAUAGAACGUACAAAACAUGAAAACGUAACUACAUUACACCAUUAAAUACAGUUGGAAUGUAGUUAGAACUCAAUCUGUUUCCAUCAAACAGAAAAACAAGAAAAGUUGGAUAAAGACAUUUAGAUUGUAGAUACUGCACUCUGCCUUUGCAGGAGUUGUUUAAGGUCAUACAAAGGCAAUUUUAGGGGUCAUAGGUCAAGUCAGUGGUCAUGGUUGAUAUGCAUACAAAUCACUACAUAAUAAGAUGAUACGUCAGUGCAUUAUCACUUAUCUACAGUGGUUAGUUUGUAAACCGGGAUGUGCCGGAAACAAAAAGUUAGCACAAGAGGGUGGUGACCUGGGAGACUCUGAGGUACAGCAACACAUGAAAAAAAAUCACCUUUAUAAUAAAGCAUUGCAUGCAUUAUCAUUGCUUUUGCUUAGUGGCAUAGAGCAGUAGAGUAGAGGCGCUUGCAGAAGUUGCACACAUGGGGAUUUUCUUUCUGUAGUCUGAGAAACAUGUGGCCUUGUAUAAACACAUUCUAUAUCAUUUUACAUGACUGAAUCUUUCGUAAAACCYCACAAAGGAUGGAAAUGACAGGCUGCUUUGACACUGACAAACGGAGAAUCUGAGAUCAAUUAAAAUGACCUCGUCUGGAAUCCAUCAAUAGCUUAGGCCUAGGUGUGUGGAGACACAUAUAUUGUACAAUAUCWGGAGGAAAUUAUAUUCCUAAAAAAGUUUUCCAGUUUCACUGACUCAGCCAAUGAUGUGCAGCUCACUCACCGGUGAUGGCCAAUGCGCUCGUGCCAAAAGCCUCUCUCUCUCUUGUUUAUCUGUGGCUAAAGUAUAGGCCUACUCCUGGUGUAGUAUUCAGAAUAUUUAAUAUCUCACUCUAGUUAUGUGAGAGAUUCAAGCGCGCUUCUCUCUCUCACCACAGCAACAGCCAAGCAUUGGUCUGUCGCUAGGGUACAAUGUUGUG